ACACUUAAUUGUAUCCACGUGUUCCACCCCAGAGGUCAGGGCGCGUCCCCGGCCGCCGUGCAGAAGGCCCAGCACGUCUCCCAGGGUCUGGACGUCCUGACCGGCAAGGUGGAAAACGCUGCCCGCAAGCUAGAGGCCAUGACCAACUCCAAGCAGGCCAUCGCCAAGAGGAUGGACGCCGCCCAGAACUGGCUGGCCGACCCCAACGGCGCUCCGGAGGGGGAGGACAACAUCAAGGCGCUCCUCAUGGAGGCCAAGAAGAUCGCAGACAUGUGCGAGGACCCCAAAGAACGGGACGACAUCCUGCGCUCCAUCGCGGAGAUCGCCAGCAUGACCGCCAAGUUGUCGGAUUUCAGGAGACAGGGAAAAGGCGACACCCCCGAAGCCAGAGCCUUCUCCAAACAGAUUGCCACAGCCCUGCAGAAUCUGCAGUCCAAGACCAACAAGGCCGUGGCCAACAGCAGGCCCGCCAAGGCCGACGUCCACUUGGAAGGGAAGAUCGAGCAGGCCCAGCGUUGGAUCGACAACCCCGCCAUCGACGACAACGGCGUGGGUCCGUGA